GCAAAGUUGCGCAAAGCGUCCCCUCAUCAUAGCACCCACAUAGGCUGAUCGAUCGAUCACUGAUCAGUGAUCACUCGCCAGUACCACGUUCUCACUCCGCCACCGCAGCUCUCUCAAGCCACCAAGAGAAGAGAAACCACCACCCUGCCGCACGGGCGCCGCGACAGCGAGUGAGAGACGAUGCCUCGUCCGGUUCACCGCUCCCUCCUGCUCUAUGUGGCGGCCGCCGCCGGCUUCUCGCUGUGUUCUGUGGUGUACUGCGCCGGCGCGGCAUUGCCGGACCCGGCACCGCUCGACCCGGGCCUGUUCAUGCCGUCGGCCACCCCGUCACAGCCGGGCGCCGCCACGAUCCCGGCGUUCCCGGAGCAGUCAAACGCCGCGGCGGGGGCCUCCUCCACGUGCCCGCUCGACCCCAACCCGCGGCUCCUCCCGGCCGUGCUCUCCGCCUGCGACUCCGACGGCGCGCUGUCCUCAAGGCUGCGGUGCUGCCCCGCGCUGGCCGCGUGGCUGUUCGCCGCCUACGCGCCCACCGCGCUCGCGGCGAGGCCCCCGCGGCCGGCGUCGGCGGCGCCCGUGGACAUGCCGGUGCCGCCGGACGACUCGGAGGCGUGCGCGGGCGCCACGGAGCGCGCGCUGCGGUCCGAGGGGGCGGCGCUGCCCCGCCCGCCGGGGGCCAAUGGGACGUGCGACGUGGCCUUCUGCUACUGCGGUGUGAGGCUGCGGCGGCUGACGUGCGGCGCCCAGCCGACGGACGCUGGCCAGUGGGUCCCCGCGGAGGCGGCGGCGAGGAGGCUGGAGAGGAACUGCGCACGGACGGGCGUCCCCGGUUGCGCCAAGUGCCUCCGCGCUCUUACCACGGUAAAGGCCGGUUCGAGCGGUGCGGCGGCGUCGGCCAAGCUGCAGCAGGCCGGUGCGUCGAGCGAGCGGGACUGCCAGCUCAUGGGCCUCAUAUGGCUGCUGCAGCGCAACGCCACGCGCUACGGCGCCGCGGCAACGGCCGUGAUCCGGGCCCUCAUGGCCGCCGACGAGGCGUCCGCGGCGGGCGUCCAGGCGGCGGCGGGGCCGGCGGCCUGCUCGCUCCCCGUGGACGACAUGCCGCUCCCGGCAGAGUACGCGCGGCGCAGCGAGGCCGCUGCUCGGCCACCAGCCGUUUGCUGCAUCUACGGCCUCAUCCUGCUUGCCAUGCUCAGUGUCGUCUACUCGCUGUAGCACUGCAAACUCGUGAUUGAAUUUAUAAAUUUGUUACACAGUUGCCUGGUUUCUUCUGCUUGUUAGGGAAUACUAGCAAAGAAGGGCGCGGCGGCACGCCGCGCCGGACCGUGGUAAUUGUCUAGUUAAUUUUGUUGUUUAGUAAGAAACCAUUAUUUUGUUUAUUUUGGAAGUCACAGUGAGUUGGUAUUUUUAA